UCCUGCACGUUAAACGUUCUUCCCCCACCGUAUAUAUUGGUAUGUUCUGACUCUUUUGCUAUCCAGCAGUGCAUUGGACACUUCGAAGAGAGAAUCUGUCAGUAAUUAAGGGAAAAAAUGCGACUGCAAAAAGUGGUGUUGGAGCAUUACGAGGUCGAAAGGAAUGGCGAAAAGUUCAAAUUUGUCAUUGAGAACUUAGUAACGCCGGAGGAAAUGGAACUGGCGGUCCAACACAUGGUGACUUUCUUCUUGCCAAGGGAACCCUUAUGUGCUUUGACAGGAUUGAAGGAUGAUCCAGAUUCACUGGAUAGUAUUUGCAAACUUUGGAGGAACUGUGUAAUAGAAGGAACUGGGAUAGGUGCUUACCUUCUCAAUAAUGACGGAACCAAAAGAAAACUAGUCGGAGUAAAUAUGACUUCGGUUUCCAGAAUUGACGAAAAAGACGAUGAAACUUACAAGGGAAAAAUUUUCAACGUGAUACUGCAAGCGAUCAUUGACCAGACGAAAGCUUCAAAUAUAUAUGCUCGCUAUUGCGUAGAUGAGUAUCUAUCGGCACUUGGACUAUCCGUAGAUUCCGCCUACCAUGGUUGCAAGCUGGGAUACAAGAUCCUCGAAAGUCGUGCAAACCUUUGCAAAAAGCUCGGAGUAAAAGUGGCUGGGACUGUCUUCACUGCCAGUGCUUCUCAAUACCUUGCGAGCAAGCUCGGCUACGAAAUCCUAGUCGAUUGGGACUACAAAUCGUUCAAAGUAAACGAGGAAUACCCGUUUUACAAAAUGUGGGAAGUGAGAAAAGAGAAAACAAGCAAGAUGAUGGCUUAUAAAUUUCAAUAAACAGUGAUUUUAAAAAAAAGUAAAAACGGUGUUUUUAAAAUCUAUUUACUUUCAUAAGACUUUUAUAAAAUGUAAUAAUCUCAGUGUUACUACAUUGAUGAACAAAAUAACAAACAAAUAAACAUCACCCUUAAAUUAUAA